GAAAGAGAGAGAGAGCGAGCGAGCGAGCGAGCGAUGGCGACGACGACGACUGCCGAUUCCUCGAGGGUCGAUCGUGAGAAGGACUGGGACUUCCAUCUCCGAUCGCUCUCCUCCAACGCCAGAGAUUCAUCCUCCGCCAGCGACCCGGCGUCCGACCCCUACAUCCUCCAAUCCGUCAAGAAGAUCUACGAUAUCGCCAGAGAAGGGGGAUCGGAGGAGCUGGUGGCGCGGGCGUACCCACAAAUCAACAAGCUCUUCCAACGAUGCGUUUCGGCUCUGCCGCAGUCACAGACAUCCAAUGGGGUUCUUUUGCUGACCAUUCUUCAAUUUUUUCUUGAUUUUGGAGAAGUGGUUUUACAUGAUGCUGAUCCUAGUCUAAAGGCCUUCUUCCGCUCAUGCUUAAGUAGGGAGUUUGCUGAUCCUGUCAUUGCAAAAGCUACCCUGGAUUUUCUCAAUCUGAACAAAGCAAAGCUCCUGAGUUCUUUUCCAACCCUACUUCCGCAGUUCUUUCCUUUAUUGUUAAAGUUGAUUGCAUGGAAUGGUGAGAGAUUGGAAAAAUUAUUUAUGAUGCUUUUUCCAGCAAUGAUGUCAAUUGGAUCGUUUCUUCCACUUUUCCAUUCACUUAUGGAUUUGCCAAUACUAGUGGCAUCUUUGGAAAAAGUGGAAAAGAGUUCUGGGUCUCUGAUAGGCAGCAGCAUAGCUUCAAUACAGAAGAGUGCAGCACCUGAGAUGCUACUUGCACUGAUGGAUGAAGCUUAUACUGGAUCUGCCAUAGAAGAUCGAGGUGGGGACUCUGGAUCUGAUGAUAAUAACGACAUUGAUGUUUCUGAUCCGGUGUUCCUUGACAUUCUUAAGGAUGAAAAUGAUGGGAUCACUGAACGCCCCUGGACAUCUCCUGCUAUGACAGCAAUGUUACAGGCUGCUAUAAAUAAUACACAAUCUGAAAGGCUAAAACAAGUGCUUCAUAUGACACCUCAGUUCUUAGCUCUGUAUUUUUCAAUCGCUUUGCGUGAUGUUAAUGAUUCAUUGCUGUGUGCAUUAAUUCCACUGGUUAUGUCGAGGUAUGCUACAACAUUCCCUGACAAGGUUUUCUCUCAUGAGGUUCAGAAGAGGCUCUCAGAUUUCAUGCUAGCUGCAUUUCAACAAUGUCCUAAAUUUAUUGCACUUCUGAAGAAGCCUAUCACUGACAGACUAGGAGAAGCUUAUGACAAUCCUGCGAAGACAGAGUUGGCAUUGCAUUUAUGUUGGGCUAUCGGGGAGCACGGAGCUGGAGGAGUAGCUUACAAAGAUGUGGCUCGAGAACUUUUUGAAAACUUAGAAUUGCUUUUAUAUGAGAAUCUUUUAUCUAGUCGUUUGGGCUUGAGCCAGGAAUCAGAUAUAGAGCCAAACAAUGUGGCUUUUAGAAAAUCUUCUCAAGCUAGGCUUCUCUGCUUUGUGGUGACAGCCAUUGCAAAGUUAGCAACGUGCCAUAAUGAGUUACUUCCAAGGGCUCGAGUAUCUUUAGCUAAGGUAGCACGCUCUCGAAAUAUAGACAGGAGGGUUUGGAGACGUGCUUGUGACUAUCUGGGGUUGAUGAGUGAACCAGCAAUAUGUUUGUCUAUCUUGGGCCCUUCAACAGAGAAGCCCAAAGUUCCUGGCAUUAUCAAUUGGAGUGAGGGAGGAUCCAAGAUGAUUGCUCAUGUUCCAUUUUACAUUCUUAGCGAACAAGAGGGUCCGCCAUUUCAUGAUUUUUCUUUCUCUGAUAUCAUCCCAGAAAAAUGAGAGAUGCUGUACACAGAAGAGAUCAGAUUUGCAGGAUUUUAAUCGGAAAGGCGUGUGUGCGAGUGUUUUUUAGAGGGAGCACCAUCCAAGCUACAGUUGCCCCCAUCACUCGAGUUAAAAGCUGGUGCAGUCUGAUGCUGCAUACAAAUGAUUGAAGCUAUAGUUGCCCCAUCACUCGGGUUAGAGAUGGUGCAGUCUGUAGCUGCGUACAAAUGAUACAUGUUCCAGCAAAUGUAUUUGUGAGAAGUGAUACAAAUUGCAAUGUAAUGUAAUGUAUUCUUCCAACACAAAUUGCAAGGGUAGAAGCACCUCUAUAUAUUCUCCAUUCCAAUUUA